AUUUAUUUGAAUAGAUAUAAAUAGAUAAAAAACGGUGCCGAAAAGUGACAACCAGUGAUGAAUGAUCCUGCUAACUGUCUUUGAAGCAAACCUCAGAUUGAGUGUCAGUGUUCGUUGAAGGCUCCACCCCAUAGAAACUGUACUGAGCCAACGCCUGAAUUCCACAUCCUUUCGCACUAAAAACACUAAAACUAACAACCAGUCUGCCAUGUGAAUUAAACGAAGAGUUAUAGUCAGGGGUCAAUGAAGGUGUAUUUUGUAUAUUAGCUGACUUUUAAUUCAGGUUAUCAUAACCAGUAAUGUAAGAGAAUUAACUGGACAUGAUCUGAUCUCCAGUGAUCUUAUUCAGAACCUGAGCGGUAAGGAUGCAGCACACCUCGUGCACAGAGGACAGGAUCCAGCACGCUCUGGACAGAUGUCUGGACGGGCUGAGGCAAAGCCCCACAGCAGCACACCACUGGAACGUGCUGAUGUGCUCCGCGGGUCAGUCAAUGAACCGCUGGAGUCUGGAGGAGCUGGUGAAGAGGGACCCUGACAACUUCAUCAUCCUCUUACAACAGAUCCUCAGGAAGACCAAAGAGGUUCAGGAGCAGUGUCAGUAUGAGCUGGUGGCUCCACUCGCUAUUAUGUUUUCCUCUACGUUGCUACAGACCCCAUAUUGUCCUCCAGACAAAGAGCUGAUUGAGAAAGCUAUUGAGUUGUUUCGCUGCUUCCUCACCUGGCCUGAGCCUUACUGCAGUGUGUGCAAAAACCUGCUGUCAACUCUACACCUGGAGAUCAAGGCUCCUGGGAUUUCCUUUCAAAGACUGGUGAGAGAAGAACAGUUCCUUAACUCCCCUGGCCAGUGCUCAAAGACCAUGACAGUGCUGUUGAUGAACCCAUCCGAGGUGCCCGCUGAAUUUCUCUCAGUGGCCGAGCAGCUCAGUCGCAUACAGCACUCACAGAAAGAGACCUACAUCACCCUGAUCAAACACGCCUUCCAGUCUGCACUAGGCACAAAGUACCCCCUACAAAGCAUCCAUAGAGCCCUUAAGGCAAAAGCUGUGAAUGAAUUGGGGUCGAUCUUUUCCACGAUAAGUGAUGUCUUAGAGGCCGCGGCGGCCAUGAAGGACCCUUUGAAGGGUCGCAGUCAUGUGAUCCAGGGGCUCGAGCAACUAAGGGAGACCAUGAGAAUCCCAGCAUCCAAUGGAAGAAGGUCUGAUGGAAUGCUACAAACUCUACCUUUGCCAACAGCCAAGUGUUACAUGUUUCACUGGGAAAAAGAUAACUUUGAUGUUCUGAACACACUUCUGGAACAUGAGCCUGAUGACCAGGAAACAACUAGGCAUGCUGAGGAAGAAGGGGAGGUAGACAUUGUUGAUGAUGAUGAGGAGGAGGAGGAGGAGGAGGAGGAGGAGUUAGAGGAGGAGGAGGAGGAGGAUGUGACAGGUCAUGAUGUAGAAGGAGAAGAGGAGGACGAACAUGGAGUAGAGUUGCCUUUAAUAUCUUAUAUGCACAAUCCUAACCAUCGUGCGUCCACCAUCUCUUCCCUGUCCACCGCCUCCAAAGACUCCAUGUUCUCCACCUUGUCUGUAACCUCAGAGUCCUACGCUCCAUCCCUCUUUUCUGUCACUUCUGGAGCUGAUAGUGACUACUUUGAAGAUUCUGACGACUACAUCUGCUCCUCUCCUGUCAAGGAAAAAAGUCCGCCAAUGAACAAAGCUCGGCUCAGCAGGCACUUGUACCGGCUCUUCAGCAAACCCAAGAAGUCGCGGUUGCUGUAUCGGGCCAAAAGCUUAGGAAACAAAGAAUCCAAAGACCUUUUAGUUGUGCGAGACAAACCACGGUCAAACUCUCUGCCACAACAGGUUAAGUUACGUUGUACUGAGCCCUUUUUCCAGCCACAAAGUCAAACUCUCAGACAUGUUUGCUUCCGAAGGAGGCCCAUUCUCAGCAGUGACGAGGACAAUCAGAAUACCACGCUGAGGGUGGUGGUGUUCGGUGCUGAUCACGUAGCAGGUAAGGUGGCCAGAGCCUACAAUAGCCUGAGGAGAAAGGAGAGUGCAUGUCCGCGUCUCAGCAGGGUGUUCAGGCUUCAGUUCUACUUUGUGCCGGUGAAGAGGGACUCUGCAGCAAGACGAGGGAGUUUGAAGUCUAAGGUUCCUGGCGUUCAAACUCCCAAAGGAGCAGCCCUGUCUAAUCAGGAUCUCAGCCUCACGGGCACAGGGGACAGCACGAAUGACAUUGCCAGUCUCCUUGGUAUGUUGGACCCUUGGUACGAAAGAAACACCCUUAGCCUGAUGAACUUGCCUGCCAACGUCGUCUGCCAGCAAACCUCAAAGACGGAGUCAGAGUCAUAUGAUAGUUCAUAUGAGCAUCAUUUGCCCAUCCUGGCCGACCUGGUCCUGUACUACUGCCGCAAUGCUUCCCGGCCAACUCUCAUCCAGCUCUAUCAGGCCGAGUUGACAUUAGCUGGUGGUGAGAGGAGGACUGAGGUGUUUGUCCACUCCCUAGAGUUGGGUCACACUGCAGGAACACGAGCCAUAAAGGCCAUGGGGGCUGCCAGUAAACGGUUUGGUAUUGACGGUGACAGAGAAGCAGUGCCCCUGAAGUUGGAGGUUGUGUACAACAUGGUGGUGAUCAGUGGGAGAAGCCAAUGGAGAAGAGAAACCAAAGUCUGUACAUCAGUUAAUUUAACCAAAGCAUGCAAGAAUCCAGAGGAACUAGACGCAAAGAUGGAGUGCCUACAGCUCACGAUGACUGAGGUCCUGAAGAGGCAGAACUGUAAAUGCAAGAAGGGGUACAACCAGCAGCUGAGCAUGUCAGAGGUGAAAGUGGACAAGGUGCAGGUCAGCGGUGUUGAAAACACAACCUUUGCUGUAUGUCUGGACCAGGACGAGAAAAAAAUACUGCAGAGUGUUACAAGAUGUGAUAUAUCCGUGUGUUAUAAACACGACAGCUCCACUGACUGGAGGCUUAGAAAAGCUCCGACAUCAGCUCAAAUCCAGCCUCUCAACCCCACCUUCUGCUCCCUCCUCUGCCUACCCAUAGUCACUUUCAGUGGGGCUCUUCCCUGAGACUGCUGACCACUGGGGAGGAUGGUCUGAAUGAAAAUAUUAUGUGCACUAAACAAUUAUCUGAAAAACAUACACUGACUUGCCGAAGAAAAGUGCACGGGGCAUACGUUUUUUUUUUUCCAUUUCUAUCUGGUGUCAUGAAGCUGUUCAUGUCAAGUUCACAUGAUGGUGGCAUCAAACAGCAGAUGGAUGCAACUUUUGGAACCACUGCAAUCUGCUCUUAAAGACUCAUCAGGAAACAGCAGACAAAUGCAUACCAAAGAGCCUGAACAACUAAGAAUAACUAGAUGUACAGUCAUACUAAUGAUGCCAGCAUUGUCUGUAAAAAGCAAAACCUAACUGUUGCGAAGGAAACUGUUCAAGUUUCAUUGAAUUGGUUUCAGUUCUUCUUUCCCUGCUGAGAGAGAAGUGACUCAAGCCACAACAACACUUCAAUGUAAUUGGGGCAAACAGGGUGAAUCUGCAGCUCAGGUUUGUAGGUGAGAUGGCACUCAACCUAGCAUCGUCAUGUAGAAAUAAGCCCGGGACCUAUCAAGAGAUGGAAUGUAAAAAUAUAGACACCAUCUUGGAGUCAAAGAUUUGAAAACGUUUCUCUUGACCAUUUGACAUGGACAAAGGAAGCAGGGGAACAAUUUACACCUGUUGACCAGACUGUGACGCCUCCAUUAGGAAUGAUAAUGGGACUAUAUCUGUCAAUGGUUACUAUGGACAUAUACAAUAUAUAAAUAAUACGUUUCUAAAAUACUGUAUGCAUCUAAUAACUUGGAUGUUACACCAUAAUGUUUUAUGUCUGUUUUACAUGGGCUUUAGUGAUAACAUUUCUCCUAAGGAGUAACAAUGAAGUCAAUGUCGUUAUAAAUAUGACCAGCAGGGGGUGCUGUUAACUUUCUAACUGACUUCAGAUGAAGCACAGAUAACCUUAACAAUCCAGAUUUAGCGAAACACAAUAUAAAGAAACACUUUGUAACAUAAAUUUAAUUUAUGUAUAGACAGCUUAUUUUAGCCCUUGCAGAGUGCUAACCUUUAUAUCUCUAGCGGUAUAGGAGGAAAACAUAUUUGUAUAUUGUGGUGCAAAAUAAAUCUUUAUAUUAAAAAACAAAUUAAUUGCACUUUGCAUACUGUAAAUCUUGACAUUUAACUAAAUAUAUAUUUUUGUAUUCUCUAAAGAGAUAAUACCCUGAUCACCUGACCAAGACUGAAAAAGCAUAUGCAUAAAACUGCACAUAUAUUGUAUAGAAUUGAAGCACUUGAACAUUAGAUUAGAUAAUUAGGUACUUUUCUGUUCAGUGAAAUGCUCUAUUUGCCUUUGUUGAUGGAAAUAUUACAAAUGCAAUAAAUUAUUUGUAUGUGUAUCAACUA